AUGAUCUUCAUAAUUACGAUCCUUCUCCUUGCCGCAGACUUUUACUACCUCAAGAAUAUUGCUGGGCGCCGGCUGGUCGGCCUGCGCUGGUGGAACGAAGUCGACCCGGCGACGGGGGACUCGCAUUGGGUGUUUGAGAGCGCCGAGCCCGGCACCAAGGUAGUCAACCCGACAGACAGCCGGUUCUUCUGGCUGGCCAUCUACGUGCAGCCACUGUUUUGGGUUGCGCUCGCGAUAUUGGCGUUGGUUAGGCUGAUGUUCAUUUGGCUUCCGCUUGUUGCGAUCGCCCUUGUCUUGACCAUCACCAACAGCCUUGCCUUCUCGCGGUGCGACAAGUUCAGCCAGGCCUCGAACCUUGCAGGCAGCGCGUUUGGCUCUUCAGGUCUUGCGGGAAACAUUGCGAGCAGAAUGGUGGGCAGAAUCUUUGGGAGGUGA